AUUGCUGCAACCAACCAUUUUAAGCCCAUCACUGACCCUUCCAUUAAUUAAUCUUGUUAGAAGCACUUCUGUGGCUGUAAAAGAGGGCGCCGAGCAGCCUUGCUCUUCCCUACAGCGUUAAUAAAACAGAAGGCCAAAAAUAGCGGAGCGGUCGAUGUCCUCAUUGUUCAGUGCCGAGUGGGGACAGUGAAGCGGCGGCUUUAGGACCCAGCAGCGUGACGGCUGGUGAUGGUCUGCAGGCAGACGUGCAGAGAGAAACGCGGCACCGUUGCUGAGGCAGGAGGCUGGAGGCAGGACGAGUCUACGCAGCAUCAGCCGUUCUUGUUGGGUGUUGGCUAUAACCCUAACCCUGCUCCAGAAAACACUCCCUCAUCUGCUCAGCUAAUCACCAAUAUUUGACGUCAGGACCACUGAUAAACAUCAUGUGUGACUGGGAAGAUUUCUGAAGGGAGAACAUCUGAACCUAUCUUCUCUGUCUGCCUCCAUUAGAACACAGCCUUAAAGCAUCAUGGGAGGCGUGUCACUGGAUGUGGAUACAGGAGGGGUGAAGGCUCCAGAUGGAGGGUGGGGCUGGGCGGUGCUGGCAGGCUGUUUUGUCAUCACAGGCUUCUCCUAUGCCUUCCCGAAAGCAGUCAGUGUCUUUUUCAAAGAGCUGAUCAGGGAGUUUGGAGUGGGAUACAGCGACACUGCCUGGGUGUCCUCCAUAUUGCUGGCCAUGUUGUACGGCACAGGUCCCGUCUGCAGUGUGCUGGUGAACCGCUUCGGCUGUCGUCCAGUGAUGAUGGUGGGCGGCCUCUUUGCCUCUCUGGGAAUGAUCCUGGCCUCCUUCUCCACCAGCAUCAUCCACAUCUACCUCUCUGCUGGAGUCAUUACAGGUUUGGGUUUAGCCCUAAACUUCCAACCAUCUCUAAUUAUGCUCAACCGCUACUUCAGCGAGAAGCGUCCACUGGCCAAUGGGCUAUCAGCAGCAGGAAGCCCUGUGGCCCUGUGCUGCCUGUCACCACUGGGACAGGUCCUUCAGUACCAGUAUGGUUGGAGGGGGGGCUUCCUCAUUUUAGGUGGUAUUCUACUCAACUGUUGUGUGUGUGCGGCUUUAAUGAAGCCUCUGACCGCCCCCAAGAACCUCAAGGCUAAGGACCCAGAACAGGACAACGCGGAAGGUACAGAGAGGAAGAAGCCCAAAGCCAAACUGCUGGACUUCUCUGUGUUUAAAGACUGUGGGUUUCUCAUCUACACUGUGGCAGCAUCUAUUAUGGUGCUGGGGCUGUUUGUGCCUCCGGUGUUUGUCGUGAGCUACGCUAAAGAGCUUGGGAACGAGGAUACCAAGUCGGCCCUGCUGCUCUCUAUCCUGGGCUUCAUAGACAUUUUUGCACGGCCAACGUGUGGCGUGAUCGCAGGACUGAAAUGGGUGCGGCCUCGUUGCGUCUACCUCUUCAGCUUUGCUUUGAUUUUCAAUGGAACCACUGACCUCAUCGGGUCACAGGCCAAGGACUAUACAUCGCUGGUGGUCUUCUGCAUCUUCUUUGGCCUCUCCUAUGGCAUGGUGGGUGCACUUCAGUUUGAGGUUCUCAUGGCAAUAGUUGGUACUGAGAAGUUCUCCAGUGCGAUCGGCCUUGUCCUACUCAUGGAGGCCAUUGCUGUGCUGGUGGGGCCCCCUGGUGCAGGUCGACUUCUUGAUGCCACCAGGAAUUACAUGUAUGUCUUCCUGCUGGCAGGGAGUGAGGUGGUCCUCUCAGCUGUGGUCCUGGCUACUUGUAACUUCCUGUUUACCAGAAAGAAGUCUUCAGAGCCAGCAGACAAGCUUGACAACAUUACAGUGACAGAUGUCAGCAAGACUGAGGUGUGCAGUGAUGCAGAAAUGAAUGACAUGGAGGAGAAAGGAACAAGAGAGGAGCAAGAGAAGGAGGUAUUACAUGAGUUAAUGGAGAAGGAGACAGAAAAGGAGAAAAUAGAGGAGGUCAGGCCAGAGAGCGUAACGGUGGACAAACAAGAAGUGGAAAGGUUCUUGAAAGAGCCGCAACAAAAUGGUGAAAUGGCCGCCAAUCCUGAAACAUGCCUGUGAGCCAGUGUUGAGGACGCUGGAUGAGAUUAUAGGCUACUUGCAGGCUGUGCUCAUUCUUUUCAUAAAAUAACCCUACAGCAGUAUAAAGUGUACUUCAAAGUGUUAUAAUGAGCACCCCAUUGGAUAGUUGUGCUUUCUUUAUCAUUCAGCGUGUAAUCCGGGUGUUCGUAUCUGUUUUUUGCAGGAGAUAAUUGGUGUCACUGCCAUGCGAAAUAGUAAGAGCUGUCAGCAAUGUUUUAUCACCAGAUGUUUUAAAAUGUAUUGGCUCAUAGUAUACAUUAAACGAACUCAGUUACAGCACUGCCUUGCGGAGGCUAUACAGCUCAUAACAAAAAUCAAAAGGUUUAUUUUGAUGUAGUCACCAGCAAAUAAAGAUAAAGUAUCGUUGUGACGAUAUUCUUUGUGUCAACAAAUCCCAUGAAAAGACCACAGAAGAACCACAGAAGGAAACCAGCUUUUAGUAUGUCUUGCAAUGAACGUAUUGUUUUCAUGCCAAUGAAAAAAGGCAACCACACGCCACUGCUCAAAGUUAUCAUUGGCAAAUGUAAUACUAACAGGUAAACUGACCAAAUUUACAGUUUUAUCAAGGUUCUGUAUGUGGUUUGUCUAAGUGGUGUUGCCAUAACUAGCAUACGCUACUCAGAUUUGGCAGCUCCUCAGAUCGGGUAGUGACGCUAACACUAGUCAGUCAAGCUCUCUGAGGAAGUUAGCAGGCCUGCUAACAGUAAAUUACAAAACAUGCCUCUUUUGUGGAGUGGUUUAAAAGCAUUAAAUAAAAAAUGAUGAUUCAACACAGUUAAAAAGCUUUCUUUGGCUAGCAGUAAAGUCCAAAUGGUUUGCUAUUGGCAAGAAGCAAAACUUUGUGUGUCUAAGUUCACCAAAACUAAACUUCAAUUUCAUAGAAGUGAACUGAUUUCCUUGCAAAAUGUUGAUGUUUUAAAAGCUGGUGUUAAAGAUCUUAAGAAAAAAGUUCUAUGUAGCCUCUAUCUGAAAUGCUGAAUCUUAUUCCUGUGUGCCACAGUUCUCCGUCCCGCAGCAGUAAAUACUCACUAUAGGACCAAGUGUGCAUUCAUCCACAUAUGGAAGCUGUCCAUAACAAAUGCGCUAUUUAUCGCUUUUUGAGUAAAGCUAGAGUGCCCACCUGUUUUAGGAAAUUAACAAACAAUUUGAAAGACUAUAUUUUUGAAGCAUUUUUAUCUCUGUAUUUAUCUCUAUGGGUUGGAGUCAAUGAGCCUGGGGACUGACAAAGAGACCAAGUGGGAGAAUUGAGGGAUGGACCAACACAUUGUCAGUCUUUUCAUUGGACUUGUUGGCCACAAAGCUAUGGAAUCACGCCUGCCUUAUCCUUACAAAAACAAAUGGCUGCUUUUUUUCUUACAAUGUGCUAUCGUGAGUUAUAAAAACUUAAGUACAAACACGUCUCUACUGAUGCUUAAAAUGGUUAGUGUUUGCCGUGAAAAUGCUGAAAGGCUUGUAAUUCCCUGACUGCUCGGUCUCAUCAAAGCAUUAAAUCUUACUUUACGGUCUGUGAUGUCACAGUUAAGGCACACAUGAGAACUGGUUUCUGUCGUGUCAGUAUUAAACGUUUGCUGCAUGCAGUGUCAGUGUUGCAGUUGUUUGAAGAGUUGUUGCUGGUCUCAUGGUAGCUUUAUGAUUCACUCAUGGACACAUUUUGUUGUUACCUUCAUCACCAUGUUACAUGAGGUAUUUAUGGUCUUUUGGGUUCACUUUGGAUCAACUGCCUUUUUCUUUUGAAAAGCACUUAUCUUUGUGUGUGUGUGGGUGUGUGUGUGUGUGUAACUGUGGUUAACUGCUGAUAUCAAGCUUAUGUGAGUUGACAUUUUUCCCCAAAUGCACUAAGUUCAAAAUGUGGUGUAAGAGACAAAAAAGACUUGGAGGAAACAUCACUCAAAUGACUAGUUUCCUUUUUCCACAAACACAUGCUUUGUAUUGUCUGUACUCUGUUCUGUAUUUCAGUGAAAGAGAAUAUUAAAGGUAAAUUUAGUUUAUUUAAAACUUUGCCUCAAGUUCUUCAGUUUCAUAGAACUUACAGUGUAAAAUGUGCUCAGAAUGAAAGGUGAAAUGAUGGCACAAAAUAUAAAAAGUAUUCUGAAGUUUUAAAAUAACUGAAUUUUCUCUCAAGAUGAUUCAGAAAAACAACAACAAUUACUGCUACCAACAAUGCAUCAAGUUUUGGUAGGCUAUCCUGAUAUCAGACUCCCUUUGACAGAUUCACUAUUCUUUUAUCACUCAGCAUUGUGUGUGGCUGAAGCUUAAUUCAAAGCUUAACAAUGGAUAAAACUAGGCCACUACAUGAUAUCUAAAAUCAUAUAGUGACAAAUCCACUGUCUUUAAGCUCAUUGUUUUGGUUCCACUGCCUACAGCUUUAUUGAAAUUUGGUCCACUUACACAGAACCAAAAAUCAAUUAUUGUCCUUUGAAUAUUUGCACUGAGCCUACUUUUAUUGCUCCUCUGAGUGGAGCUUAAUUUUGGUCACUGUGUUGCUUCUUAAAGUCACAUUCAUUUGGUUUAAGAGUUAGCAUGGAACCCAUCAGUUAUAAUUUUCUGUCCUUGCAAGUAUUAGAUGAAGACAUCAAGUUCGUCUCUCUCAGUCUCUCUGGAGACAGCUUUAAGUGGUGGUUUGAAAAGAAUGCAGAAAACAUGUAUGUUUUAAUUCUGUUUUGCUGUUCUAUUGCGUAUUAUUUUGGUCAUGCGUCACUUCGUCCCUUCAUUCAAUAAACUUAAUGCCAUUAUAGUACAGCCACACAUUAAUUCUCUUAUUUCAUAGCACACACACUGCUGUUGGUGGUGCGUCUACAGGAAAACAGCACAUAACGUAACACAGCAGCUGGGUGAGUGAUGUAUGUGCCAGUAUCCAUGGUAAUGGAUGAUUUCUGCAGUGUGGAGUACGAGUGAGACUUCAUGUGGUGUGUCACUCAGCUCAGGGACAUGCUGUCUUCAUUUUAUCAUUUGUCAGAGGAGUCGCUCAGCAGGGUAAUCUACCAAAAUGUUAUUCUUCAACAGUGCACUUGCAAUAACUGCUAGAUAAAACAUUUAUUUUUUCAAUGUUUUUUUAUGCUUAUAUGACUUCUAAUUAAAUAUUAUAUUUGACUUUUUAUUUUCAAAUGUAAUAGAAUAUUUUCUUUUCAUGUAAGAAUGUAUUUCGCAGAAUAUCAUUCUCUCCUCUAUCUUUAUUUUGUGUUCUCUUAUAAAAACAUGACUCACUGUGAUUUGAAUGUGCAUCUAGCUGCAUAUAUAGUGAUAUCCUUAUUUCCAAACAGUUAUAUUAAAUGUAUUAAUUGUAGUAAGUGUGUUUCAGUGUUGACUGUUAAAAGGGGGGGCCACAAUUCACUGUCACACUCUCCUAACCAAAACUUUGGACUGAACAUCACUGAUAUUAGUGGAAACAGAUUGAACUUUCAAAUUAGCUAUCUGCUUUUCUGUAUCAAUAUUCUGUAUGUGUGUGAGAUUGUGUGCAAAGGCAAAUAUAUUCCAAAUGAAAAACAAUCCUGGUUAACCUAUUCUUGAGUCUAAAAUGUCAGAAAUCCAGUCAUGUUUUCUUGUGUGUCACUCAAGUGAUGAAAGGUUUGUUAAAGUCUCUACUCCAAGCACAGUUGUAAUAAUAACUUUUG